CUGGUCAACUGCAGUCCCCGGCAACGCACAAUUAACUCCCAGCCUCAGAGCGGGUUGAUUUCUAGGAGCGAUUACCGUACGCGUGGACUAAAAACGGGAUCGAUUCACGCAGGAGUGGAGAUGUUCUUUUAGUUGUGGAGAUUUUUUUCUCGCACCGAAUCGCCGGCCAGCAGACUUUUGGCGCCCGCGGCCAUGAAGUAGGAGAGCGGAGCGGAGUCGCCGGCUAUAGGCCGUUAGCAGGCUGGGCUAGCCUCCGUGGAGCCAUUUGUAUGGGUGCUAACUAGCUAGGUGCUUCUUUUUUUUGUUGUUGUUGUUGUUAGCAUAACAAGAUAGUGAACGAGAGCGUGUCGUUAUGCUGAUUUACAGCGAAAGUCUGACGUGGUCCAAUGCAGCUGUGUGUUUAUCGAGGUUUCGCUGAGUUUCGAGGUCUUUGUUUUUUUUUUUUAUUCAAAGUCACUACACGAGCAACUAACUGCAACUUUAACCCGUCGUAUCAAUUGUUUUUUUUUCGGUCUAUUCAGAGGGAUGAUGAUGAUGAUGAUGCGGCGGCGUGUGUGCCAAAGUAAUCAGCAUUUUUAAUCGACCACACAUUGAUGAUCAAACUUGACUUUAGACCCAUCCGGAGUGCACGCUACACCGACUGGACCACAGUUCGCCUCGCCCCCCCCCCUUCGGUUCCUCUUACGCCCGGUCUCGGCGACCGUUGUCUUCCGAGCUUUGGAUCCGGCUUCCCUGGGUGCCCGAUGGAGGACCAUGACAACAUGGAUUAUUUCUACCAGCAGGUAGUGCAGAAGGACGUUACGCGCAGACUGCAGGUCGGCCAGGACCUCAUCGACUACCUGAACGACCCGCAGCGCUCCCCGGACGUGGAGCAGGACAAGCCCCGGCUGGAUAAGACCAUAGACGAGUUGACGGGAUGGAUCAACGCCAGCAACUUCAAGGUGGCUUUGUUAGGGAUAGACAUCUGCGGUGCAUUUGUGGAUCGAAUGGGAGAACGCUUCAAAGGAUACCUUGGCACAGUCUUGCCAGCCUUGGUGGACCGUCUGGGUGACGGGAAGGAUCAGGUCAGGGAGAGCAGCCAAGCUCUCAUCCUUCGCCUGAUGGAGCAGACGGCGUCGCCCAUGAACGUGUGGGAAAGGCUGACUCCCGGUUUUAAACACAAAAACUUCCGCAGUCGAGAGGGAAUCUGCCUCUGUCUCAGCGCCACACUAAGCACGUACGGAGCCCAGCAGCUCAGCCUCAGUAAACUAGUUCCUCAUCUCUGUCUUCUGACUGGAGAUCAGAACCCGCAGGUUCGCGAAGCUUCUAUGACAGCACUAGUGGAUAUUUAUCGUCACGUUGGAGAGAAAGUCAGAAUAGACCUGGGAAAGAGAGGACUUCCAGCUGCACGGUUACAGACGAUAUUUUCUCGUUUUGAUGAAGCCUUGAAUUCUGGCAACAUGGCUCUAAGCCCAAGUCACGAUCGUAGCUUCGACGAUGACGACAGUGUGGACGGACGCUCCUCCUCGGCUCAGUCUGCUUUCAAGGUUCCUAAAGUUCCCAAGAAACCUGCAGAGUCCUCUUCUGCACGCAGGCCCAACACUACCGGCGGCAAGCCAGCUAAGGAAAGUGCGGGGGCAGUUGAUGAAGAAGAUUUCAUCAGAGCCUUUACAGAUGUCCCCACUGUUCAGAUCUACUCCACACGGGACCUUGAAGACAACCUCAAUAAGAUCCGUGAGAUCUGCUCUGACGACAAACACGACUGGGACCAGAGAUGCCUCGCUCUGAAGAAAAUCCGGUCCCUGCUGGUGGCGGGCGCAACCAGCUACGACUGUUUUUACCAGCAUCUACGGUUGCUAGACGGAGCCUUCAAGCUGUCGGCUAAAGACCUGCGCUCUCAGGUGGUCCGAGAGGCCUGCAUCACUGUGGCCCAUCUCUCGUCAAUCCUGGGUAAUAAGUUUGACCAUGGAGCCGAAGCCAUCGUCCCUGUUCUGUUCAACCUUAUUCCCAACUGUGCCAAAGUCAUGGCCACCUCUGGCGUCUCCGCCAUCCGCAUCAUAAUACGGCACACCCACGUCCCCCGGCUCAUCCCUCUGAUAACCAGCAACUGCACAUCCAAGUCUGUGGCUGUAAGAAGGCGCUGCUAUGAUUUCCUGGACCUUCUUCUACAGGAAUGGCAGACUCACUCUCUAGAAAGACACACUGCAGUUCUGGUCGAAAGCAUCAAAAAGGGAAUUCGAGAUGCCGACUCGGAGGCCAGAGUGGAGGCCCGCAAGGCCUACUGGGGUCUGAGGAACCACUUCCCAGCUGUAGCCGACGCUCUUUACAACUCCUUGGAGCCGUCCUACCAGAAAACCCUGCAGCCCUCUCUGAAGAGCUCUGGCAGUGUGGCCUCUCUUCCCCAGAGCGACCGCUCCUCGUCUUCCUCCCAGGAGAGCCUAAAUCGUCCUCUGACUUCCAAGUGGUCGGCAGCUCCCGGGCGAGUCCCCGGCAGUUCAAGGGGUGGGGCGUCGUCAGUCUCCCUGCAGCGUUCCCGCAGCGAUGUGGAUGUGAACGCAGCAGCGGUCGCUAAAUACCAGCACGUCGGACAAACCAGGGGAGCGAACCGUCCGACCCCUGGCUCCUACUACUCUCUGGAUGAUGCCUCUGAUAAAACGGAUGGCCGCGUUCGUACCAAGCAGCCCUUGUCGACCGCCAGCACCGUGUCAAGCCAGGUGGACUCUCGAGGGCGCAGUCGCACCAAGAUGGUCUCCCAGUCACAACGUUCGGACGAAUCCGAUUGCACGCCAGGAUCUCAGUCUGCUAACCCUGUUGGUGCGGGCAGUCGCAGUGGUUCUCCGGGUCGCGUGCUGACCACCACGGCCCUGAGCACCAUGAGCUCAGGAGCUCACAGGGUCCUCGCCGGAGCUGCUGGGGACGGACACCGACGCAGCCGCAUCCCCCGCAGCCAGGGCUGCUCCAGGGACUCUUCGCCCACCCGGCUGUCUGUCGCUCCUUCUAGCUUUAGUUCAAACUACGGCAGCGCCAGCAAAGGAGCUCGAGGCAGUCGUAUCCCUCGGCCCAGUAUGAGUCAGGGCUGCAGCAGAGAGGCCAGCAGGGAGAGCAGCCGGGACACCAGCCCCAUACGCUCCUUCACACCUCUUGCAACUCGAAGCUACUCCCGCUCCACCGGAGCACUCCACACACCUGAUGCUUUUGGGGCUGCAGGAUCAGGUCUCGGCAUCAGUCAGUCCAGUCGUCUUUCUUCCUCCGUCAGCGCCAUGAGGGUCCUCAACACCGGCUCAGACGUAGAAGAGGCUCUCGCCGAUGCGCUGCUGUUGGGAGACAUGAGAACAAAGAAGAAGCCGGCACGGCGGCGGUACGAGAACUACAGCAUGUACUCUGAUGACGACGCCAACAGCGACGCAUCCAGCGCCUGUUCGGAGCGGUCCUACAGCUCGAGGAACGGAGGAGCCAUCCCCACCUACAUGAGGCAAACCGAAGACGUGGCUGAGGUGCUGAACCGCUGUGCCAGUGCCAACUGGUCUGAGAGGAAGGAGGGACUUUUAGGCCUGCAGGCUCUGCUCAAGAACCAGCGGACACUCAGCCGGGUAGAGUUGAAGAGAUUGUGUGAAAUCUUCACCAGGAUGUUUGCAGACCCUCACAGUAAGCGAGACUCCGGCAGGGUGUACGGCACGGCAGAAUCCGGUAUAAGCUCAGCCUCGUUCAAGAGAGUGUUCAGUAUGUUCCUGGAGACGCUGGUGGACUUCAUCCUGGUCCAUAAGGAGGACCUGCAGGACUGGUUGUUCGUCCUGCUCACACAGCUGCUGAAGAAGAUGGGAGCGGACCUGCUGGGCUCCGUGCAGGCCAAAGUUCAGAGAGCUCUGGAUGUCACGAGGGAGUCUUUUCCGAACGACCUCCAGUUCACUAUUCUCAUGAGGUUCACCGUGGACCAGACGCAGACGCCCAGCCUGAAGGUGAAAGUGGCCAUUCUGAAGUACAUCGAGACGCUGACGCUGCAGAUGGAGGCGCCGGACUUCGUGAACUCCAGCGAGACGAGACUCGCCGUUUCCCGCAUCAUCACCUGGACCACCGAACCCAAGAGCUCCGACGUCAGAAAGGCAGCACAGGCGGUUCUGAUCGCCCUGUUCCAGCUCAACACGCCGGAGUUCACCAUGCUGCUGGCAGCCCUUCCCAAAACCUUCCAGGACGGAGCCACCAAGCUGCUUCAGAACCACCUGAAGAACACGGGCAGCGCGGCCCAGGCAACAAUGGGCAGCCCCUUGACGCGCCACACCCCCCGGUCUCCAGCCAGCUGGUCCAGUCCCGUCACCUCGCCCACUAACACCUCGCAGAACACCCCCUCACCAAGUGCAUUUGACUACGACCCGGAAAACCUGAACUCUGAGGACAUCUACAGCUCCCUGAAAGGCGUCACCGAGGCCAUCCAGAACUUCAGCGUCCGCAGCCAGGAGGACAUGAACGAGCCGGUCCAGCGGCGAGAAGGAGACGAGGGGGGAAACGUGUCGGACCUGAUGGACGGCGGUCGAACGGCUCUCGACAACAAGACCUCCCUCCUCAACACCCCCCUCCUCACCUCCAGCCCCCGGGUCGGCCACGACCAUUUCUACGACUCGCCCUCCAAGCAGAGCCUGAAGAACAUCAGCCUGGAGGAGUUGGGUCAGCUCACCGACGACAGCGGCCUGGACCAGUCGGAGCGAGUGGCCGAGCUCCUCAAGGAGCUGUCCAACCACAACGAGCGCGUGGAGGAGAGGAAGGCGGCGCUGUACGAGCUGCGCAAGCUGAUCCACGAAAACACGCUGCAGGUGUGGGACGAACACUUCAAGACCAUCCUGCUGCUUCUCCUGGAGACGAUGGGCGACAGAGAGUAUGUGAUCCGAUCGCUGGCUUUGCGGGUGCUGAGGGAGAUUCUUGGUAAGCAGCCCUGGAGGUUCAAGAACUAUGCAGAGCUCACCAUCAUGAAGGCCCUGGAGGCUCACAAAGACCCGCACAAAGAGGUGGUCCGAGCUGCUGAGGAGACGGCUGCCAUGUUGGCACUGUCCAUCAGUCCCGACCAGUGCAUCAAGGUGUUGUGUCCCAUCAUCCAGUCGGCCGAUUACCCCAUCAACCUGGCCGCCAUCAAGAUGCAGACGAAGGUGGUGGAGAGGGUUCCCCGCGAGGGCCUGGCCGGCAUGCUGCCCGAGAUAGUGCCAGGACUCAUCCAGGGCUACGAUAACUCUGAGAGCAGCGUGAGGAAGGCCUGCGUGUUCUGCCUGGUGGCCAUCCAUGCAGUCAUAGGGGACGACCUUAAACCGCACCUCAGCCAACUCUCCAGCAGCAAGCUGAAGCUGUUGAAUCUGUACAUCAAGCGGGCGCAGUCCGGCUCCACAGGGACCGAUCCCUCUGCCGAGGGCCUAUAGGAGCCGUCCCCAGCCAACAUGAAACAUUUGCCCCUCAGAUCUCACACACACACACACACACACACACACAGACGGAGACCAAGCGGGGCAGACUGCUUACAUCCACAACAAGACUUGGUGCACACACACACACAAUAAGUACACACAGUGCUCAUGUUUCCAGCUUCACCGCAAGAGAGGGGGAGUCGUGGUUCAGAGGAGAGGAACGUUGUAGUUCUCCUCGACCUCGCUGAGCGCUCCCACCCUCGCCUCAGACUGAACUGACCCCAUAAACCUGGAUUAAAUAGAAACGGCGGCCCACUUCCGCUCUCCCAGGUUUCUAACCACUCGCUCCCUCCAGGAUGAAGAGGAGACGUGUCCGUCCCGUCCAACGGCGUCCGCCCUCAGCAACAGCUUCAUGUCAAUAGGGAGUGCUGCAUCUGCAUGGUUCUAAGUUUUUAUUUUUUUUGUUUUGUUUUCUGGGGUUAAUAUUCACCAAAAGUUGCGAUGAACAAACUUCACAGUUUUCCCUCCUGGACGGUCGGUAACCGGGUCCAGGUUGCCGGGAAUACGAGCUUACAUGGUGUCACAGCCAUGAGGCUUUACUGCAGUGAAUCAUUUUUUCAUUUUUUUUAAUCUAUAUCGUUUUCUCUCGUUCACACACCAAGAAGCUACACUUCUUUUUUUUUUUUUUUUUUUUUGUUUCUCCUCUCCAGAAAGGUGCUGACAAACGGUACGACCCAACCCGCCCCCCCGCCCCCGCUGCAAACUAACGCACGUCACUGUACCGGUGAAAUCCAGACUGCGGCGACACGUUUGGCUACGCUUGAAAAUAAAGUUAAAGGAAAUCACGUUUUUAUUGAGGUCCGGUCCGGCAUAAAGCUGACUGGGAUUUUAAAUGAAUGUGAACCAGGCGCUUUCAGACGUGGUGGUUUUAUCCCCAAAGUUCAUCAGCCCGCUUAAGACGAAGACGUGGGCUCCUUUACACAUGAAGUAUGACCGGACGUGGCUAAUUAUCACUUUGUGGACAUGUAACUAUAUAUGAUGUUAAAAUGGAUCCUCCAUAACAGUGUCGGCUAGGAGAGUUUCCGUUUCUCCGUUGCGUGUGCCGUAGUCUUACGCUCACCUUUUUCUCUCUGUGUCUCUCUGCUGAGAAGAAAUUUGUAGAAAUGUAUUAUUUACAGAUCUGGAAAACAAGUCAUUUCUUCAAUUUUCUCUUCUUUUUUUUCCCUGUUUGUCUUUCUUUCCUCUCUCCUUAUAACAUUUUAGUUUUCUUUGUGCAUUUACAAACAUGUGCUUACAACGAAAUAAAAACAAAAACUUGUACAGAUA